UGAAGCAGGACAAGUUCCGGUUACGAGUUUUUGACUUUGAGAUUUGUUUAUCGGCGUUCAUGACUUUGUAUGACUGUAUAUUUGCAUAUUUUAAGAUUACUGUGUGACAUGAAGCAUGAGACCUAUUUGAAAAUUUGAUCUUAAUUUGCACAUUUCUAGAUAAGAUGAUCUAUCCUUAGUGAACCGCAAAUUGAGCAAUGUGUAAAAAACGAAAAUAGGCCUAAAUAUUUAUUGGUCUAUCAAAUUACUUUUACCUGUUUACAUGGUAACAAGAUUUGAUCAACACGGAUACAAAGCUAAAAUGCCGUACACAGAUUGGAAAUUACCAGUACAACUAACAAGGAUGAAAGUGGCAUGGCCCUCACGAAUAACAUCACUUAGCGUGACGUUGGGGAUGGCAAUAAUGGGCAUGUUGGCAUUUUACUUCCGCUACCAAAGGAAGGUGAAAAAGAAAGAAUUGAAAUCAUCCACAGGGGAAACUUCCAGAAGAAAUAAUUUACAACUGCCAAAUGGUGAUAUCCAUACACACCCACAUGGUAGAUAUACAGAGAGUCCAUCUUCGCUUUUGAAUUCCCUGCGACAGAAGUCUCUGUCCGGUUCUGUAUCUAGUAUUGGUGGAGCCUCCUCUGCUUCAACAAUCACCCACCAGCUUCUGGACACAAGUCACCUGUCUCCAACACAACUGUGCAAGCUAGGAUUUGAAACACUGCAGCAAGCUGUGAUAUAUUGGGAAGAUGGUUUAAUGAAGUUAUCCUUCAAUGAAGAUAGGUCAAAACCAUCUUUACAGGAUCCUGAGACAGCAGAGAUGCAGCACCAGAUGGAUCAGCUGCUGGAUGCAGCAUACAGAAUGAUUGAUACAUACGAGCGACGAGCAGAGAGGCAGGCUGAUCACAUAGCCCUAGAAACAGCCCUGGCAGCAUACACCGAGGCCGACCUUCAAUCUGAGAGGACACGCAGCUUUGAUGCCGGGUCAUUGAGUGACCAAGAUUCCUUUGUAUCUGCUACUGAUAUGGCAAACUUGUCAGAUUUAGAUAACCACAGAGAAAUGUUCCAGCACCUUCCGUUAUAUGAGGCAGGUCUCCUAGAAUUAAAACAUGGUCACGUGCCUUGCAGAACUCUAAGGACAGAGAUGACACAUUGCAUUUCGGAUACUGAAUUCUUGGCAAAGUUGCACUGUAUCCGGCUAGCUUUCAAUAUAAUCUUUCAACAAUCAAAUCAAAGGGAAUACUUCAAAACCAUGGGUAAACAAUUGAUUGGUGACCUGAUGAUCAGAGCUGAGAGGGACCCAGAUGAAUUCUUCACAGCAUAUAAUGCAAUGACAGAUUUUAUUGAGGUGGGGGAAAACUGGCUCAAAAUUGAAGAAGAACUGAAAGGGCGAGGAGUGAAAUAUAUGUCGUUUUAUGACAUAAUGCUGGAUUUUAUAUUGAUGGAUGCAUUUGAUGAUUUGGAAAAUCCACCAUCUUCCGUCAUUGCAGUUAUUCAGAACAGAUGGCUGUCAAACAGCUUUAAAGAAACUGCUCUGUCGACAGCUGUGUGGUCGGUAUUAAAGGCCAAAAGACGUCUGCUGAAGUUUUCAGAUGGUUUUAUAUCCAAGUUUUAUUCGAUUUCGGAACACACCAGUCCAGUAUUAGCGUGGGGGUUUAUGGGACCAGAAUCAGAACUCAAGGGAUUGUGCAUGUUUUUCAAGGAGUCUGUGUUGCAGUUCUUGAGAGACAUGUUUAGUUUUGAAUAUGUCCGGUACACAACUGUUGAUGAACUAGCAGACGAUAUUGCGUAUUUGUUACGAAACAGAAUUGAAAAAGCAGUUGAUAAGAUUUCUGUAGAAAAAUUGCAAUUAUAGGUUUUAGUCAUUCAUAUUCCGUUUUCAAAAUUGUGUUUUCUUUCAACUGUGAUCAUGUUUUGUUGUUGCAACUAAACAGAGUGACUGUUCACAUAUAUCAUUGCAUCAAGUUGAACCAUGCGUGUUAGAAUAAACAUUAUAUAGAUCUCUACAAUGAAGUGGUACACUUAAUUUUAUACACUUGUUUUUGUUUACACUUCUCUUGUAUUUUAUAGAGAAAAUAUAUGAUGUACUGUUGCAAGAAACUUAAUGCUCCUGUUCCAUUUUAUGUAAUAAAAGGUUAAAUAUA